AUUAACACUAAGCUUACGGGUUUACAUGUCUAUAUUUAUCGAUAAUGAAAUGCACCAAGCUACUCUGAAAUAUAUUGACAUUAAGAUAUCUUAAUCAAAAGGUUUGAACAUCAGAUUUCAUCUGGUUAAAUAUGCACUUUAGAGACCAAACAACCAUCAUUAAUUUUAUGAAAUGAAGCUGCGCACAGGAAAGUAAUAGUUUGCUCAUUUUCGGUGUCUCUCUUUUACUGUUUCAUUCAAUAUUUAAAAAUUACAUCACACAUCUCUUAAAAUAAUUGGAAGUUGAAGUUAACAAAAAUGUCUCAAUUUACGCUCUGGAUAAAGCGUUAUUCUUCUUGUCGUUGGAGACUAUGUUAUGCCUGUGCUGCUGCUAGUCUUUUGAUGCAAACAUUAAGAGUUAAUCUAAGCAUGGCAUUUGUUUGUAUGUUGAAACCACUCAAUCGUACGACUGAGGAAGUUAGCUUUACUGCAAACGAACAUCGUUGUUCUGCAUUGCAUAAUUAUUCAUCAAAUCGAAAUUAUGAAGGAGAGUUUGAAUGGAGUGACAAAUUACAAUCAAACAUGCUAGCUGGUUACUUUUAUGGAUAUAUAGGGACUAACAUUGUCGGUGGUUUAUUGGCAGAUAAAUAUGGUGGGAAAAGAGUUCUGGGGGCUUCAUUUCUCUCAUCAUCAAUUUUGACCAUUCUCCACCCAAGUUUAUCACGAGUUAGUGGCUACUUUACUCUUGUCCUACGGAUAUUAACAGGUGUGGUAUCGGGGCCGAUCUAUCCUGCACUUCAGUCCUUAUUUGGACGCUGGGCUCCUUCACAAGAAAUUAGUUUAUUGAUUGCCAUUAUAUUUGCCGCCCAGUAUUUAGGUAGUAUUUUAUGUCUUUCGAUAUCAGGUUACCUUUGUGUGUAUGGGUUUGAUAAUGGAUGGGGUUCUAUAUUUUACAUAUUUGGUGGAAUAUGUUUGGUUUUUAGUUGUGUGUGGUUUUAUGUAGUUUACGAUAAUCCAGACGUCCAUCCCACUAUCAGCGAAGAAGAAUAUUCUUACUUAAGCAGAACUAUAGUGAGUGAAAAAGUAGUUAAAAAUGUACCCUGGAAACGGCUGUUCUCUUCACCUGCAGUUUGGGCCAUCAUUUUUGGUUGGUUUGCUUAUUGUUGGACUACUCUAGCUUUCCAGGUGUUGUUACCUCUUUAUGUGAAAGAAGCUUUAAACGUUAAUACAACAUCCAACGGUUUAAUGUCGUCUGUCACUGCAGUUGGGCAAAUAAUUGCUCUACCGUUUUGGGGAAAAUGCGCAAAUAUUAUACUUUCAAAGAAAUAUCUGUCAACUCGUUCUGUUCGAGUUUUAUUCCACACUUUUUCUAUGUUAGGUUCAGCAAGUCUGUUAAUCGCGAUAGGAUUCCUCGGAUGUGGCAAAAACACUUUAAUAAUUAUCCUGUUGUUUCUUAGUGGUAUAACUCUAUCCUUUUCCAGUGGUGGUGUUACCGUCAACAAUAUUGACAUUGCCCCAAAUUAUGCAGGCGUUGUAUUUGGAAUUGCCAACGCUUUUGGAACAGCAGCCGGCAGUAUUAGUACGGUGUCUGCAAAAGCUCUCACUCCAAAUGGUACACUAGAAGAAUGGCAGAUCGUGUUAGCCUUGUUUGCUGCUGUAUGUGUAGCUGGUGCAAUAUUGUUUGCGAUAUUAGCAAGAGGAGAAGUCCAAGAUUGGGCGCGUAUAGAGGGAACUGAAUCGCUUGAAAAUUCCAAAACAGCGAAUGUUAACUUAAUACCUAUUUCUUUAUUACCCACAAGGGGCUAAACACAGAGAGGACAAACAAGGACAGACAUAGGUAUUAAGUCGAAUACAUCGACUCCAGUGCGUAACUGGUACUUAGUUAAUCGACCCCGAGAGGAUGAAAGGCAAAGUCGAUCUCGGCGGAAUUUGAACUCACAACGUAACAGUAGACGAAAUACGGCUAAGCAUUUCGCCCGGCAUGCUAACGAUUCUGCCAGAAUACCUUAGCAAUAGCACACAAGAAUGUAUACAUUAAUAUCUUCUAUAAUUUUACAAAUCCUUUCAAAACUAGCGGCACCCGUGGAAGCUCCACAGUAUAGGUCAGUAUAUUAGAAAAACUAAUAUAUUAAACACAAACAAGGGCAUUUAAAAAAUUCGUUUGAAAUCUUGCCAUUUAAUCAAAACUUUACUUAUAAUCGAAAUGAACUCAGAAGAUGUUGCUUAUUUACUUUCUUUUAAUAUCUUUGAGAGACAGAAAUGCUGUGAGCUGGCAGAAUCGUUAGCACGCUCGAGCACAAUGCUGCGUCCGUCUUUGCGUUCUGAGUUCAAAUUCUGCCGAGGUUGACUUUGCUUUUCAUCCUAUCAGGGUCGAUAAAAUA